CAUAAAAGCACGAGACUUCUCCGACAUUGGCACAGAAGCCCAUUGUCACUGAGACGGUAAACAAUCACUGGAUCUCUCAGUCAUCACUAGUCAGAAUGAAGUUGCACGCUCUAGUUCUAACAUUAUGUGUUGUUGUUGGAUACGCAAUCGCUGAAACAGAGGAAAACAGCCAAUGGCCCACUUCAUUUUCGGGGCCAUAUCGGUUUCGUCGCGAUUCCCAAAAAAAUUCGAUAAACAUCCAAGCGACUCGGCCUGAGAACGGCCCGACUCGUCAACCUACUUUGGAUCUCAACUUUAAUCGUAACCUCGCGAAUAACGACCGCACCAGGGCAGACGUUUUCGGGGGAGUAAGUAAAGUACCUGGACAACGAGCGCAGCCGCACCUCGGUAUCCAGGUUGAAAGAGACAUCGGCAAAAACGGUUUUAUCAGAGGUUCUGGCCAACUUCAGCCGCGUCCUGGAAGUCACCGUUUCUCCCCGUCGUUCGGUAUAACUGGUGGCUUUCGAUUCAGAAGAGAAGCCAACCCCCAACGAAAUUCGAUAAGCUUCCAAGGUGCUCAGCCUAUGAGCGGUCCGAAUCGUCAACCUUCGUGGGAUCUCAACUUUAAUCGUAACAUCGCGAAUAACGACCGCACCAGGGCAGACGUUUUCGGGGGAGUAAGUAAAGUACCCGGACAACGAGCACAACCGCACGUUGGUAUUCAGGCUGAGAGGAAUUUCGGUAAGAACGGUUUCAUCCAAGGUUCCGGCCAACUUCAACCGGGCCGCGGAGGUCGCGGUGUCUCUCCGUCGUUCGGCAUAAACGGUGGCUUCCGGUUCAGAAGGGAAGCCAACCCCCAAAGAAAUUCGAUAAGCUUCCAUGGUACUCAGCCUAUGAGCGGUCCGAAUCGUCAACCUUCGUGGGAUCUCAAUUUUAAUCGCAACAUCGCGAAUAACGACCGUAGCAGGGCAGACGUUUUCGGCGGAGUGAGUAAAAUACCUGGACAACGAGCACAACCGCACGUUGGUAUCCAGGCUGAAAGGAAUUUCGGUAAGAACGGCUUCAUCAGCGGUUCCGGCCAGCUUCAACCGGGUCGCGGAGGUCGCGGUGUCUCCCCGUCGUUCGGUAUAACCGGUGGCUUCCGCUUCAGGAGAGAGACCGAACCCCAGCUCGCUCAGGCAAACUUUGACAACAACGGUGUUAUCAGAGAUUCUGACCAGCUUUGGCCAGCUCCGAGAGGACACGAGGUCUAUCCUUAAAUUACUAUAAGCGGUAGCUUUUGACUCUGGCUAGGACUCAAAAUCGAGGAAAUGGAUGAAGUCGGUGGCAAGAGCUGUAAAAUUUAGACUGUCUUGUUUUGUUAUGUACCAACGAAAAUGACGAAUUGAUGUCGUUGAACGAAAUUAUUGUCUGGGAGGCUUUAUAUAUGUAUGUAGUUAGAUAUAUUUCCAAUUAAAACACUUUUUUAUUUAUUCCUGUAAAUAUUUAUAGUAGUUUUACUAAAAGCGCAAGUAUAAUUAAGCAGAAUUUGUAAGCAAUAAAAAAUACCAGAAAAAUA